CUCUCACCCUCUCACCGCCGGUUGUCUCGAUUUUCCCAUCGCAUUUUAACCGGCGUGAGAAAAAGAGGAUUAGGAGGAGGAGAGUGUUUGUUUGGAUUUUUCUUGAAGAAGAGUAAGAGGGAGAGAGAGAGAGAGAGAGAGAGAGGGGGUGUGUGGAAAAAAAAGGGAAUUUUAAGAGGCAAAUCGACUGGAUUUUGGAAGAAAAACGUAAAGCACAAAGGGCGAUGACAUGAAAAAGGAUUCGGUUGGCGACCGUGACAUCUGGGACAGCGGUUGGGAAAGUACUCUUUCUGGCAAAGGUGCGUCUGGCGGCUGUUUUGGAGAGAGAGAGAGAGGGAGAGAGAGAGAGAGAGAGGGUGAAUGAACUAUGUUGUCCAACGAGACCUGCGAGAACACCAGCAGCGUCUCCGCGGCCGAGAGCCCCCUGACCAGCGCCCUCAUGUUCACCGCCGGGGUGACCGGUAACCUGGUGGCCCUGGUCAUACUGGGGCUGCACAAGAAAGACAACCGGAGCCACGUAUCGCUCUUCCACAUCCUGGUGACCGGGCUGCUGGUCACCGACCUGGCCGGCACUCUGCUCAUCAGCCCGGUGGUGCUCACGGCUUACGCCCGGGGAAGGAGCCUGAAGGCGCUGGACCUGUGCCAGUACUGCGCCUUCGCCAUGGCUUUCUUCGGACUGGCGUCCAUGCUCAUCCUGUUCGCCAUGGCCGUGGAGCGCUGCCUGUCGCUCAGCCACCCUUACUUCUACCAGCGGCACACCAGCAAGCGCUGCGGCAUCGUGGCCGUGUCGGCCGCCUACGCCUUCUGCGUCCUCUUCUGCCUCCUCCCGCAGUGGGGCUUCGGGGAGAACACGCAGUACUGCCCCGGGACCUGGUGCUUCAUCAGACUGAGCUCCCCGGCCAGGGCGCACCUCGCUUACUCGGUGCUGUACGCGGCGCUGAUGCUGGUGCUGAUCGUCUCCAUCCUGAUCUGCAACCUGUCCGUCUUCGUCAACCUGUGCCUCAUGUGCCGCCGGCAGAGCGCCCGCCGGGGCUCGACCCUCCCGGGGACCCGGAGGAGAGACCGCUUCCCCCACUCCGAGGAGGCGAAUCACCUCGUGCUCUUAGUCAUCAUGACCGUCAUCUUCGUGGUGUGUUCCGUACCGCUCACGGUUCGGGCGUUCAUUGGGGCAAUUGUUCCUGACAAUGAACACAUGAGAGACCUUACAGCUCUCAGAUGCUUGUCCUUUAAUUCAAUCAUCGACCCGUGGAUUUUCAUCAUUUUAAACACAUCUGUGGUGAAGAAAGGUCUGGCCAGGAUAUUGUGCUGUAAAAUCUCUUCCAGAAAGCAGGAGAUGCAGAUAGCGACCUCUAACAUAAGGACCGAAACAAUUAAACAAGAUGUCAUUUGGGACAGACAGUCGUGAUGACAGUGACUUGGCAGGGAAAGAGAGUGGAGUUUCCCGACCUGAAACCUGCACCUGCUGGAAGUGAAGACUCACCAAGAGCCAGUGCAGAGGCUGAGGGCGAGCCAGAGCCUUGUCACAGGAGCCGGCUUUGCAGGCAGUGGGUUCUGCUCACAACCAACAGCAGGUAGCCCUGUGCAGAGGAAGGGAAUCUCGUGGUCACACAAAAAUGCUUCAUUCCAGUUUUGUUUGCAAACAUAUUUGGUAAAGUGAUUUAAAAAAAAACAAUGGUAAGUUAAUAAUAUUUAUUGUCAAUAGGCAAUAGAUUUGAUUUCUCUUGGCAUAUCCAGUGAUCUUUCACUUAUGCAUACACUCAGUGGUACAAGCUGAAUCAUUGACUCCUUUUGGUUGUUUUGGAGUUCCCCUUUAUGCAGUGCAGCAUUGUAUAUAAUCCCCUUCUGAUUUCUCUGUGUAAUUCUGAUUUGUAGAGUAUGUUCCUGUGGAAGAAGGAAAGCCUCAUCUAUACUCAGUGGCUUUACUGACCUGAAAUAGAUAAUUCUACUCUCUUUGUCAGCUAGUUUGAAGGGCGUGGAAGGUAUCCAGUGAAGGUUGGAUACUAGUAGACUGAUAUCAUACGUCAUGCCUUGGCCUGUUCCAAUGAAAAACACGCAGUUGCAAUUUCCAAGAAACAAAACAAUGGAAUUUGAAGGGGGUGAGACAGAGGGAUUUGGGGAGACUUUCUGAAGGAUAUACAAGUCCAAAAAGUAAUCCUAACAAUUUACGUCACAAGUAAAACUGAUCAUUUUUAGUUUAUCAAAAGAACGUAAACCCAAGCAAACAAUCUUUUGUGAUUCAUUUUAACUGGUUUGAUGGCCAUUUCUAAAUGGCUUGAGAUAGGACUCCAGUUGUGCCUGGAGUAUGGAGCUGUUGGGUAACAGCCUCUGUUUCAAUUUGAAUGUCCUGUCCCAUUUGUGAACUUUUUUUGUGAUACACUUCACUUAGGUAAUGCAUUGAACAUGAUAACAAACUGGAAGUAGAAAGAGAAAAAAAGGAUACAUUUAGUAGUACUAUAAUUUGGAAUCAUACCUCUUUGACCAACUAAACAAAUAUUUUGCUUCCACAUAGAUAUCUUGUUGCCAGCUGUUAUUUGUGAUGGGCAGAGCUGUCAAAGACUUUGUGUUCUUUCAAUGAAUAAUAACUCAUAUUUAAUUCAGUGUUUUCCUGUAGCAUCUCAAAGUGUUUCUCUUAACUGAGUUACUUUAAACAGUGACAAUAGUUUUGAAUGACAGCCCAUUUUGUAAUAACAGUUUAUAGAGAAGCUUUUUGGAACAUGCAUUGUGUAACAGAAGUAAUUCAGAAAGAGACAGGAAUUUGAAAUGAAUUACUAUCGCUGGCAAAGCUAGAGAACUUGAGUCCAUUCAUAUGUUUGUGUAUGUGUGUAGCAGAAUGUAGCACAAAUGUAAGUUCGUUACUUAUGUUUUACAUGUAUACAGCAAGUCUGCCCCAUGCAAAUUCAAUAAAGUAUAAGUGAUUGAUUAUUAGCUCAAAUCUGCAGUUUUGUAAAUAUCUGUGUUUGAAACUGUACAUCAAAAAUAUUGUAUGUAUUUAAAGUUUUGAAUGAUUAGCAUAUUCUGUAAUAGAAUCUUUACGCAAUAUGCCACAAGAAUUUUUCCAAUAAAUCUACUUGUUGUAACAUGGAAAA